CAGAUCUAUAAUAUUACUUCACUUCUUCCCCUUCCCCUUCAUCUCUGAAUCUGCUAAGCUACUAUCACCGCCAGCCAUGGCAAUCAAGACUCAGACCAAGCUCACAUACAUCUUCCGUUAUUGCUGCUACAUUCUUCUUCUUUACACCUUCUCUAUAAUCAUCCCACUCCUUUAUUCUUCAUAUUUUCCUCCUACUCCCCCCGAUUCCUACACCUAUAACCAAAACCAACCAUUCGAUCUCCUCUCUUUCCCUUCCGCCUGGAAUCAACUCGCUUUCUCCUCAAAACUCCCCUCCAGGCGCCUCAAGAUCGCCCUUUUCGUCAAGAGAUGGCCCGAGAAGAACAGGGCAGGGGGUAUGGAGCGACACGCAUUGACCCUCCAUCUCGCCCUUGCCAAAAGGGGACACGAAUUACACGUCUUCACCGCUUCUUUAUCUCCAUCCUCUUCCUUUUUCGAAUACUCGGGGACCAAUAUGUAUUUUCACCUCUCCAAACCCGUCAAUGGAUUCCUCGACCAGGACACAGCCUGGGAACAGUUCCUGCAACAAAACAGGACAGUAAAGCCGUUUGACGUCGUCCACAGCGAGAGUGUCGGCCUGUUCCAUACCAGGGCCGAGAAACUUCCUAAUUUAGCCGUUAGCUGGCAUGGGAUCGGUUACGAGGCAAUACACGGAGACAUAAUUCAGGAGCUCUUGAGAAGCCCUCACGAGGGUCAGUCGCAGGCACUUGUCAAUCGGAUUUCCAGAGUAGUAGAUGAGGUCAGAUUCUUCCCUAGCUAUUCUCAUCAUGUUGCUACAAGCAACCAUGUCGGAGAUAUCCUGAAACGAGUUUAUAUGAUACCCGACGAACGAGUCCACAUCAUUCUCAAUGGAGUUGACGAGGAAAUCUUCAAGCCAGACCCUGUCGGAGCUUUGAGUUUCAGGCGGAAAUUUGGAAUUCCAAACUCGAAUUUACUCGUAUUAGGAUUGGCUGGUAGAUUGGUAAAGGAUAAAGGGCACCCACUGAUAUUUGAAGCCCUCAAACAGAUGUUUAAGGAAAACCCUUCAUUUAAAGACAACGUUAUGAUCCUAGUGGCCGGGGAUGGACCAUGGGGACAAAGGUACAAGGAUCUUGGAGGCAAUAUACGAGUUUUGGGGGCAUUAGACCGAGCUCAAGUGGCCAGUUUUUAUAACUCGAUUGAUAUCUUCCUACACCCGACAUUAAGAGAUAUGGGAUUGGAUCAGACGGUUAUUGAAGCAACCCUUUGUAGUAAACCGGUGUUGGUUACUAGAGUUGCUAGCAUUACCGGGUCUGUAAUCAUAGGACCGGAAGUGGGUUACACAUUUUCGCCUACAGUGAAGUCACUGAAGAGAGCUCUUUAUCAGGUUUGGGAAGAUGGAAGAUAUGUUCUCCAUAAGAAAGGGAAGGCGGCACGGGAAAGGGGGAUGAAGUUGUUCACAGCUACUAAAAUGGCGGCUGCUUAUGAAAGACUGUUCCUUUGCAUAUCAGACAAUAAUGACUGCUUAUAUCAAUCUUCAACAGGCUAAAGCAGAGUAGAAACAAACUUUAUAAUGGAGUUUUAAUUCGUUUAAAGAAAAAACCCAAUUCAUCCUCACCCAGUUCAGUUAUUACUAUAUAAUCAUUAUGUAAUGUUUCAUUAUAUAGAUCAAUCAUGAAUUCAAAUUUGAUUCUGAAA